CCCCUACAGACAAAAGAAAAAAAAAAACGAAAAGGGCAACAAAAAAAAGAAGAAGAUUCAAUUCCUUGUUUGUCAAUAAUCAUCUCUCUCCCUAAUCCUCAAGCCGCGCAUUCAUCUCGUUCCCUCCAUAAUCCAAGCUUCCGUUACAAGAUUGAUUUUUAUUUAUCUUUUGGAUUUUCAUCUUUGAAAAAAAAAAAAAAAUCCCCAGGAGCACUGAUUUUGCUGGAGGAUUUGGAGAAAUUUAGGCUAUACUGGUUAUUGAUGCUGUUGAAGGGGGAAGUGUUGCACGAAGCCUGGUAUUAAAACGGAUAUGCAGGGAGACGUGUUGGCAAUUCAUCGGGGAGAUCGAAACAGAGAUGAUAUUUUAAGAUAUCCGAAGAAGACAGAUGAUUGUGGAAGCGAGCCCUUCAGGGAUGGAGAUGAGGAUGAAUGGAGAGCAUCGAGUAGAGAUGAGCAGAAUACGUUGGACAUGAUUCAGAGAGGUAGGUCGUUGGAGAGAGAUGAAGAAGGAGAGCAAGUGAUUACACCUAGGAAAAAUGAUAGCUGUUCACCGCGUGUAGACGCAUUGGAAGAUAAACGUGACACUUUGAAAGCUAGCAGUGAAAAAGAAGAUGGGUGGUGUUCAUCUGAGAGCGUUAAGAAAGAAGACGAACAAGCUUUGUUGGAGAGAGAUGUAAAGGUAGUAGGCUCAGGUUCACCGGAGAGGGAGGGCAUGAAAGACGCCUCAAAUGUUCUUACUAGAGAUAUGGAUAUACAAGUGUCAAAUGGUCUAGCUAAAGCAGAUGAAAUCCGUCAUCUGAAGCUGGGUGGAACCGAAGAAGCUACAGGAACAUGUAAUAGAUGUGAAGAUAGGGAUGAGAACAGUGUGUUUGGAAAGGACGGCGAAGAUAAUCCGAGUUUGAUGCCGAGGGAAAAAGAUGAUGAACCUCAGAGUCUAACAUGUGAGACACAAGUUGCUGACACAACUGUUAGAAAGAUGGAAAUGAGAGAAGUUACAGGAGAGCAAGACUCCCCCUCUUGUACUCCGGAUGGAGUUAAAGUAGCUGGAGAGACAUUUCAAAACGUUUACUUCAAUGGACCAGUCUUACCACAGUCACCAUCACUUGGACAUAGGCGCACCCAAAGUGAGAUUGGGACUCCAGGACACAGGCGCACAAACAGUUUCCAGAGAUUGAAAACACAGAUGCAGAAAGCUUGGCGUGGGGUUAGCAAUCUACGAGAGGAUAACCGGCCCACGUUCAAUCCUGAGGUCUUAGCUAACCAAAAAAGGCAGUGGUACCAGCUCCACUCUUCAAAAGCUCUGGAUCAAACAAAAUCGAAGGAGCCAACCUCACUAUUUGAACAUUUUAUCAUUGUGGGGCUUCAUCCGGAAACGGAUUUGAAGCCAGUGGAGGAGGCAUUUCGUAGAAGGAAGAAGUGGGAGAUGGAAAUGUCAAGGUAUGAAGUGGCAGACUACAGAAUACUCCGUCACCGUGGGCCUCAAUUUCCAAUAUUGGAACCACAGAUACUUUUUAAAUAUCCUCCUGGGAAGAAGGUGGCAAUGCGUCCAAAGGAUCUAGCAACUUUCUGCUUUCCUGGUGGUGUCAAGGCACGACUCUUGGAGAGGACCCCAUCUCUCAGUGAUCUAAACGAGCUUGUGUAUGGACAGGAACAUUUAGGCACAGAUGAUUCAUCAUUCAUAUUUUCGUUCAAGGUAGCAGAUGAUGCGACAUUGUAUGGUGUUUGCUUACACGUCUCGGAGAUAGUUCAGAGACCCCCUGGUGUGUUAAGCACUGCGUCACCCUUGCAUUCAUCUGGAGGAGGCAGUCGUUUUUUGGUUUCUGCACCUCGAUGCUAUUGCUUGCUGACCAGAGUCCCUUUUUUUGAGCUACACUUUGAAAUGUUAAACAGUAUGAUUGCACAGGAGCGUCUAAAACGGAUAACCGAAUUUGUUAGUGAGAUGUCUCUUGCUGCUGCAUGCCAUAGCCCAUCAAUUUCUAGAAUGAAUGGCUGUGUUUCUUCACCUCGUAGCAACCCUGAUGAUUGGAUGGCUUCUGCAAUCCCUGUAGAUGGAGUCAUGGCACUCACGGCCGCUGCUGCAGGAUUGAUAUCUGAUAGUGACAUUGCAAAGUUUUCAGAACCACAAUCUCCAGAUAGUGUUGUCACCAGUGAUGCCUCAGAUGUAAGUCAAAUCAAAGAAAUAGAAAGAGAUGGGAGGAAAGUUUUCCAUUGUUACGAUGAUAAUUCUACUGAAGUAUUUGAGAACCACUUGGAUACCCCCGAACGAGCGUCCCAAAGCUAUGAGAAUGGCCACGCUUCUCCAGAAGUUACAUGUGCUGAUCCUAGGACCCAACCGAUAGAGCGUAUUGAAAGCUGUGAUUCUGUGUUUAGUUCAGCUAGAAGCGUGUUGUCUGAUGAAGUUGAUGAUUUAUCAAAUAGCGAAAAUGAUUUUGGAGAUGAUCUAAUACUGGAAUGGGCUAGAGAACACAAUAAUGAUUCGUUACAACUAAUUUGCGGCUACCACUCGUUGGCAAUUCCCUCCCAUGGAAGUGCGGUAGUUUUCCAACCGCUGGAACAUUUACAAUCCAUCGAGUAUACCCGUCCCCCUGUUUCAGCUCUAGGAUUGUCAGAAGAAUAUAUCUGCUCUUCUGAUUCUUCCGGGAUAAAUGCAAGGUUGGCAGCUGCAGAGGAGGCCAUGGGUCUCUCAAUGUGGACAACGGCAACAGUUUGCCGGAUUCUCUCUCUUGAAACUAUUAUGUCACUACUUGCUGGAGUAUUAUUAGAGAAGCAAAUUGUGAUAAUCUGCCCAAAUCUGGGUGUUUUGUCAGCAAUAGUACUGUCUCUUGUCCCAAUGAUUCGGCCGUUUCAGUGGCAGAGUUUAUUGCUUCCAGUUCUGCCGGGGAGGAUGUUUGACUUCCUGGAGGCACCGGUUCCCUUCCUUGUCGGUAUACACAGUAAACCUACUGAUUGGAAGGUCAAGACGUCGAAUCUUAUUCUAGUUAACAUUCUCAACAAUCAGGUGAAAAUAUGUAACAUGCCAGCAUUGCCUCAGCGUAGAGAACUUAUGGCUCAGUUGGCUCCAAUCCAUGAAACGCUGGCUCAUCAUAGCUCGACCGCUAGAAGACACCCAGUUUAUAAAUGCAAUGAAGUACAAGCAGAAGCUGCGAGUAGAUUCUUGAGAGUAAUGAGAGAUUAUAUGGAGUCUCUUUGCUCAGAUUUACACUCUCACACCAUAACAAGUGUUCAAUCCAAUAGCGACAGGGUGUCAUUACUACUAAAGGACAGUUUUAUCGAUUCAUUUCCUGGUAGAGACCGGCCCUUCAUUAAGUUAUUUGUAGACACACAACUGUUUAGCGUUCUAUCAGACUCACGGCUCUCGAGCUUUGAGAACGGGCGUCUCUAAAGCUCAUUUUGUCAUCAACUUAUACAAUACAAACUGAAGAAACCAACCAAAGUCAAAUCAUAUGAAGAAAAACAAACAAACAAAAAUGGGGAAAGCAAAAGAGUGUAACUUUACUAGCCCUUAUACGCAGAGAAGACUUUACAGGUGAUGAAUACAAAUGUUUUAACUCAGAUUUUAUUGCAGUGGAGAAAUUAAGAAAACAAAAUUAUCACCGCUUAAUAGACAAACUUGUUGAUUGUCCUUGUAAAUUAAUCACCGCUUAAUAGAGAAGCUUUUGUUUGUUAAGAUUGUAUAGAACACUUGAAAACCCUAUUUGCUUAAUUCAAGUGCUUGAUUUGAUUUUU